CGCGAGAAUGGGGUUUAUUUUGGCGCCUCCUCUCCCCGCGUUCGUGAGUUGAGGCUGUCUGGUUGUUCUUCCGGGGUGAUGUGUAAGCCUGGCGUGGCGACCGCCGUUGGCUCGAGUUUCUGAAAGCCUCAAAAAAGGAGGAGUUGUUUCUUAUCGGUCGGCGCCUCAGGGAGGUAGUGUGGGUGACUUCCGCCCGGGGUCACGCUCUGCAUCCGUGGGGAAGAGGUGACGUCGUUAGACGUUACGACGACGCAACGCAACAGUGUCUCGAAAGCGCUGCCGCCGGCCGCGCGCCUGGGAGAAGCGCGCCGAGGCGCCGCGGGUGAUGCUCCCGGGAACUUCCGCCCGGCCUUGCGGGAGCUCGGCCUGAUUUUCAAGAUUCUCCUGGAAGUAUGGGUAUUCUAGAAUGGGAACCAUUUGGAGUCAGUCUGUAUCAGGAUUUCUCAGCCUCAGCGCAACUGACACUUUUUGGCCAGAUAAUUCUUUGUUUUGCACUACUACUGUGCAUUGUAAUACGUUUAGCAGCAUCCUUGGCCUCUACCCAUAGAUGCCAGUAGUAUAUCGCACUACCAAUUGUGACAAACAAAAAUGUCUCCAGACAUUGCACAUGUCCCCUGGGAAGCAAAGUCACCCCGCGUUGAGAACCACUGGUCAGCCUUGGUUCCUGCCCCUGCCUCUCCAUCCAUUAAGAAGACCUACUGUACUUCCAAGGGAAAUCUAAGUUCAUUUCAAGGCAUUCGAAAUGGGGAAAGACUAUUAUUGCAUUUUGGGAAUUGAAAAAGGAGCUUCAGAUGAAGAUAUUAAAAAGGCUUACCGAAAACAAGCCCUCAAAUUUCAUCCAGACAAGAACAAAUCUCCUCAGGCAGAGGAAAAAUUUAAAGAGGUCGCAGAAGCUUAUGAAGUGUUGAGUGAUCCUAAAAAAAGAGAAAUAUAUGAUCAGUUUGGGGAGGAAGGGUUGAAAGGAGGAGCAGGAGGUACUGAUGGACAAGGCGGUACCUUCCGGUACACCUUUCAUGGUGAUCCUCAUGCCACAUUUGCAGCAUUUUUCGGAGGUUCCAACCCCUUUGAAAUUUUCUUCGGAAGACGGAUGGCUGGUGGUAGAGAUCCUGAAGAAAUGGAAGUAGAUGGAGAUCCUUUUGGUGCCUUUGGAUUCAGUAUGAAUGGAUAUCCAAGAGACAGGAAUUCUGUGGGGCCAUCCCGCCUCAAACAAGAUCCUCCAGUUAUUCAUGAACUUAGAGUGUCACUUGAAGAAAUAUAUAAUGGUUGUACCAAACGGAUGAAGAUUUCUCGAAAAAGGUUAAACCCUGAUGGAAGGAGUUAUAGAUCAGAGGACAAAAUUCUCACCAUUGAGAUUAAAAAAGGGUGGAAAGAAGGCACCAAAAUUACUUUUCCAAGGGAAGGAGAUGAAACACCAACUAGUAUUCCAGCAGACAUUGUUUUUAUCAUUAAAGAUAAAGAUCACCCAAAAUUUAAAAGGGAUGGAUCAAAUAUAAUUUAUACUGCUAGAAUUAGUUUACGAGAGGCAUUGUGUGGCUGCUCAAUUAAUGUACCAACAAUGGAUGGAAGAACCAUACCUAUGUCAAUAAAUGAUAUUGUGAAACCGGGAAUGAGGAGAAGAAUUAUUGGAUAUGGGCUGCCGUUUCCAAAAAAUCCUGACCAACGUGGUGACCUUCUAAUAGAAUUUGACGUGUCCUUCCCAGAUACUAUAUCCUCAUCAUCCAAAGAAAUACUUAGGAAACAUCUUCCUGCCUCAUAGAAUGAAAAACUUUGUUACCCAAAUUUUGAUAAGGCACUGAAAAUAUAAAAGGACUGGCUGUUUACUGUUGUAGAUGUGAAUUCUGUAUAAAGACAUGUAAAUUAUUUUGAGGGUUCAUUAAAUUGCAUGAAUAGAGACGGGUCAAAUAAAUAGGCAAAAGGGAUUUUUACAGUUGGAGAUGAAGAGAAAACCUUAUUCACUGUAUUUUAUUUCAUUUCUCCCAAAUCAGAAAUGUUUAGUAUUUUGCUUACAUGUAAAAUUUGUUUUUGUGGAGUUAGUAGAUUUAUUUGUAAUGAAGUAUUAGACAUAUCUUUACAUUAUCAGUAUGAUAGGUUCUCAUUUAUAAUGGAAAUUUAAAUUCUUAACUGAACUACACAUUUUAUGUAUUUUUAGAAAAUAAAAACUCAAGUCAUUUGGAAAUGUGGUUAACUAGAUUUAAAUCACCAUCUGAAAUGCUGUUCUAGAGCUGAUAUCCAUAAAAGAAUAUCCUAAUGCAUACGUUUCACCAUUUUGAUUUUUAAAGCAUGCUAUAGCAUUUCUUAAUAACAUAGUCUUAAAGUUCUUAAGGCAGACCUUUUCUUCAUAAAAAAGAAAUUAGUGGCAACUUAUCUCCUGUGGAAAUCCCAAUUGCCUGAAUUACUGAUAUUUUAGAAAUAGGCGGUUUUUAAAAUGCCAUAUGUAAUUUUAUGCAAGUUGACUAUAUAUCUUGGACUUAAUAAAUUAUAGGCACAUUUUAUUGUCCACUAGUUUAAUUUGUUUAAUAAUUUUGUUUUUAGAGGAAAUAUUGUUACUUGGAAUUAAUUUUCCAAUUACAUAGUCUUCUAUAACUUACUCAUAAUAUGCUAUAUGUACCUUAUGCAAUUUCCCUAAAACGGAUAAACUACCACUAUGAUGUUAAACCAAAAUACAGGGAAAAUAAACACUAACUGCUGCUUAUGAAUGAUGUUGCUACUAUUUGUUAUGCAUAUAAAUAUUUUACUUUUUCAUAUGUAUAGAUUGCAUUUCUUAGUUUUAAUUUUUUAAAUAUACUUAUGUUUAAAAAAUUGUUUUGUUUUCUUCUGUUUUGUAACUAUAGUGAGAAUGAUGUCUUAGUUUUUAGUUCAAAAGUAAUUUUCAGGAUGAUUGAUAUAUAUAUAUAUACACAAGGUAUACUGGAUCCUGUCACCUUUUAGCAGGAUAUGAAGUCUUCAUCUUUUAGAAAUUCAAUAAAUAGGUUUUAAUCACCAUA